AUAGUACUUGUGGCCCAGAACGCCAUUCAGUUGAACUCUCGCCGAUUUCUCCUCUUUAUCACACGUGGGGAUGCGAUGAUGUGGAUGUGGAUGAAUUUGGCGAUGGAUUGCUCGUAAUAUACGGUUACCCCCGGUCAAGCUUUCCUGUGGCUAGCUGGCUUUGACGUGGGACUGACCUGUGACGGGAGGAGGGCGAGACAACUGAGAUCACGUGAUGACAGGGCAACUCAACACAACUUAACCUGUCACACGUGGUUAACAAGCUGACAUACGUCAGUAAACCUUUGACGUCAACGCGUAACAAAUAUCAUUUGAAACUGGCAUAGAUGGACACAAAGAAAUAUGGGUUUCUCAAAACGAAAUGUCCUCAAAUUGUGUGAAAGCGUUUUCGCGACUUUCGUUGUAUUGGCAUGUAUCUUUACUUUGAUGACGUCACUGUCGUCAUCAAAAUUCUACAAAAAGAUGAAAUCGACUACUGGACGUAAACGUGGCGUAUUAAAGGAUGCGAAAGACAGUUUUCGAAUGGCCAUGGAAAGUCAUGAUCACAAAGAAAAUAAUUUUCAAGGAGUAUACACAACACCUAAGGGCCAGAACGAGGCCCGUCCCGACCUAUACGUCGACCCUUAUCGACAAUGGUUCCAUGAUCGCAAUGUGGUCAAGUACAGUGCUAGGGGCAAACAUCCGGUGUUACCGGAUACGGAAGUAAUCAAUAACCAAGAUGUUUGUAAAGGCGAGCCGGUCGAUAUAUUGAUAUAUUUUCAAAGUCGGUGGGAUCAUUUUCAACGUCGGUCAGUUUUACGAGAGACGUGGGCAAGCUCAAAAACGUUCAAAGACAUACACAUUAGAACUAUAUUUGUGUUGGGAAGGGCUUCUGUUCAGGCAGAUCAGGUCAAGAUUAACAAUGAAAAUCUUCUCUAUCACGACAUCAUACAGGGAGAUUUCAUUGACAGUAUCGCUAAUCUCACAAUGAAAAGUAUUCUUGCUAUGAAAUGGAUAAAUGAGAAUUGUAUACAGGCUAAGUACAUUCUCAAGGCGGAUGACGACAUGUUUGUAAAUAUAUUCGCUUCGGUAGAAUAUCUAAUCUCACAGAUUUACGAGAAGAAGAAAGUGGUGAUGUGCCAUGCCAAGGAGAACGAUACAAGUCCAAUCGAAAGGAACAAGAAUAGUAGGUGGUAUGUCCCACCGGAUGUGUUUGCUGGUAGAAAACGUUUCCCUCGGUUCUGUAGUGGUUAUGCGGCCAUAUUCACAACCGACCUCGUCCCGGAGUUAUACAAAGCGUCGUUUACAAACCCAUACUUUUCUGUGGACGAUGCAUAUCUUUUCGGAUUACUGAUGGAAAACAUCAAGGAUGUACUAUUUUUUGAUAUCCAAGAUAAUAUGACUUUGAAUCAGAAGUCAGCUUUGGAGGAAUAUACUGGUGACGAUGCCAUACAGCAUGUCGCCUGUAACGCAUGGGAGGACGGGGCCUUGGAAAAGUUCUGGCGGGCGACUCUCUCAAAACUCACGAAAUGGUCUAAGAGUCACGCAAACGUGGCUAUAGUACAGCAAACUCGAAAUGAUGUCAUGAGAGAACGAUAAGUCACAUUACAAUCUUCUGACUAGAAGUUAUCUAACGAGCGCUGUCGUCCGUCAUCGAGGCCACGUUAGUACUGUAAACUUUAGUACGUGCUCUUCGUAGGGACAAAUCGUUUAAUUGGUGAUUGACUGAUAAUGAUGUCACUAACAUUGACGGACUGAACCUAAACUAUUCCAGGGUUGUUUAAAGGCUUGGGGAUUAGGAUCAGCCAGUCCGUUAUGAUUAAAUUUCACUUUUUAUCGACCGUACAUAGACAACAAGAAAACGUUGGUGAAUGUAUGGCAUAAUGGAGAUUAUUAGUUCAAGUCUGUUCAGUCCACGUCACAGGAAGUGAUAUCAGUCACGAAUUUUGAGGGAUUCAUGUGACAAGAGUUUGUGCUGAUGGGGUAAAGACAAACGAAGAAAAGUGUUUGGAGAAACUAAAAGGGAUUCAUUCGUAAUAAAAGCGGCUUUCGCUUAAUGUUAACUCUGUUAUUUUUAUGCACAAAUAGAAAAUCCAGACAGACAGGGAAAAACAUAAAAUCAUGUCACACUUACCGCGAAGCGGCGGGGGAAUCCCCUCAAAAUCUGUGAUCACAAUAUCACUUCCUGUGACGUCGAUUGACCAGAAUGUAGUCUCGUGGAGGAAGAGUUAUUUCGAAACUAUGAAUUGGUUGGAAUGAGAAACAUACCCAGAAUUCCACUCGCAAUUUUCAUAUUCAGUUUGGAAGUAACUCUGCUACGUGUACAUUUUUUCUCAAUGGUGCUGUAGGUAUUGAGGAGCCAAACAUGCAUUUUACUUAACACAAGUGAUAUUUUUCGGAAACUUUAUCGAUGAUUUUUACUCGAUUGCAUUGUUGACUUGAUGAAAUAUUAUAGUGUCGUAAAGCAACUUAGACCCUAAAUUCACUUGUACCUAAAGCAAACAUAAUCCGUUCCAUUUCUACUGUCGUGACUGGAGUGACAGUGUAUUUGGUGCUACAUCACUGUUUAGUUUCAUUUUCCAUUACAGGAUCUCAGCAUCCACUACUCUGGACUUGAUUUUAAACUUGGGUUACAUUUUGGAUGGUAUCAUGUUUAACAAUUAUUUCAUGAUCACCGAUUGUUUGUUACUUGUUAACGACUGUGGAAGUCUGCGUAAAACUAACGCUAUGUAAAUAAAACUGAUGUUGACCUUCGUAAUUGGAAAUCAGCAGUACAAACAACAAACCUGAAUCUCUACAAGCAUUCUACAGGGCCCUUCGUAAUGGUUUGAAAGGAUAGGUAGUGACUUCUUAUUUGGAUGUAGAGAGUACCGAAAGACAAUUUCUUGCAUCAUUCGGAACAUCUCGCCCGAUGGGUACUUAAGGCAGUUUCCUGCAUAGGAGUGUGAAGAGUUACAAAGGGAUUGUAUCUCCCUUUGUUUGAAUGUGGAGAGUACUGAAAAGGAACUUCCCGCAUUCGAUUUUUUCGUUUGGGGACUGACGAAGGGGAACAUAUCGUUAGAUCUGUAUAUGUGUGGGGACUGACAAGAGUUAACAUGUCAUAUGAGAGUGGGGACUGACGAAGACGAACAUAUCGUUUGAUCUGUCUUGUUGGUAACUAUCUCGCACAUCUAGAGACAGCGAUUACCUUGUACCUGAUAUUACUACUAACACUCGACAAACUCCUUACUCACCUUUUCCUGAGAAUGCUUCGACAAUAUCAAAACAGUAAUCUCAGGUGGUUUUGACUUACGUUUUCUACAUCAGGUCUUGACUUAAGUCUUGACUUAAAAUUUGUACAUUACGUGGUCGAAAAUGUAUGCCAUUAAAUGUUCUCAUUCCAUAUGACUUUCAUGUCACAAACAUCUUAUCGUCUAUAUCAAUUAAAAUGGUAUACACAUCCAGAUAUUCUACCAUUUUCACGAUAGGUGUUACACAAUACAAAUGUAGGUGUUACACGUCAAACGUUAUGUAGUUGAUAAUCAGCGUGAUUCUAGCUUGAUGCAUAUUUAGCGUAUCGAAUACAAUGAUCACUACCGAUCAACUGUUUCAGUGACAUUUAUGUUCUGCCCCGAGCAAUGAGAUCUUGUAUUCACUGCCGUUCGGCGUUCUCGCCUAUCCAGUGACAUCUAAUCAAUCGGAACCCCUCAUCAUUUUCUUCGAAGCUUUCACAAUCGGAACACCUCGCCUCCGUCUGCGAACGUAGUUUCGAAGAAAAUGACGAGGGGUUACGAUUGAAGCGUUCACAGACGGAGGCGAGGUGUUCCGACUGGACAUCUAGUGUUUCACUGCCGUUCGGCGUUAGACUCCUAACCAAUGAUAUCUUGUAUUUCUCUGCCGUUCGGCGUUCUCGCUUACCCAAUGAAAUCUUUAAUUUAUGUUUCACUGAACUUCGAUGUUCUGUUCUGACCAAGAAGUUCGGAUGCUAACCUAUUGAUAGUGUUCUGUGAUACGUUUGUCUGUGACCUAAUACAUGUUUAGUUAUUUUUAUGGCGGGUAAUGUUUUAGUAUGAGGUUUUAUAACUGAUAAUAUAGUUUUAUAUGUUUAUUUAGUAAUAAGCAUAACUAACGUAAUGUAAUAUUGCUUGCUUAUUGUAUUUUAUACACAAUGGUUGCAAUAAAUUUGGAUUGUUUAAGUCCCAAUGUUUAAGAUUAAAAAAACGUGUUCCGUUCACAAAAUUGUUGAAUUCAAUAAAACAAUGCAAACAUUA